AUGGCUUCUCCAAAUCAUGGCUUAACUUUUGCACUAAUCGCCACCUUCUUUGUCAUCUUCUACCCUUCGCCAUUGCAUGCAGUUUUGACUCCUCAUGAAAUGAUUCAAAGUGUCUGCAGAGCAACGAACAACAAUCCCUUCUGCCUUCAAACCUUGAAAUCCGACCCGCAGGCUCUGCUCUGCAAAAAACAACUCGACCUCGUAAAAGAAGUCAUGAGACUGGGCAAGGCCAGCGCAGAGAAGACCCAGAAUGAAAUCAACUCGAUCCGAACCAAAAAAGACAUCGAGCCCUCUCUGAUGGCGGCGCUCGAUGUCUGCUCAAAGUCGUAUCGCUUCAUGGUUGAAUCGUUGGACACUGAGUUGAAGCCCAUCGAGGAGAGCGAUUUGAUGACCUUGAACUAUGAUAUUAUGGUUUUGUUUGAUGAAGUCCGGUAUUGCAACACGGCGCUGACUCAGGCCAAAGCGGAGGUUCCGGAGGUUUCCAGUGGGAAUGAGUCGAUGAAGUAUUAUAUUUCAAUGGCAGCUGCAGCGACGAGCAAAUUGAAAUAG